AUGAGGAACAUGGAGUUGAGCUGUAUUAUUGUAAUGUUAUUGGGUAUUUUGGUUCUUGGGGAAGCAGAAAUUUACAUUGCCACAAUUGAAGGUGAGCCGGUGGUAAGUUACAAAGGUGGUGUCGAUGGUUUUCUAGCCACUGCUGUGGAGUCUGAUUCUGAUGAGAAAAUUGAUGUCACCAGUGAAUUGGUAACAUCUUAUGCCCACCAUCUAGAGAAGAAACAUGAUAUGCUUCUUGGACUGUUGUUUGAGCAUGGGACCUACAAGAAGCUCUAUAGCUACCGUCAUCUUAUCAAUGGCUUUGCAGUUCACAUUUCUCCUGAGCAGGCAGAAAUACUUAGACGAGCACCCGGUGUGAAAUCUGUUGAGAGAGAUUGGAAGGUGAGGAAACUGACAACCCACACACCCCAGUUUUUGGGGCUUCCAACUGGAGUAUGGCCAACAGGAGGUGGCUUUGACAGAGCUGGAGAAGAUAUUGUGAUAGGAUUUGUGGAUUCCGGUAUUUAUCCACAUCAUCCAAGCUUUUCGACUCACAAUACUGAGCCCUAUGGGCCUGUUCCAAAAUACAGAGGAAAAUGUGAAGUUGAUCCAAACACCAAGAAGGACUACUGUAACGGGAAGAUUAUUGGAGCUCAACAUUUCGCUGAAGCCGCUAAAAUGGCUGGCGCGUUUAAUGCCGAAAUUGAUUUUGAUUCUCCCCUUGAUGGUGAUGGACAUGGAAGCCACACAGCAGCUAUUGCAGCUGGAAAUAAUGGAAUUCCAGUGAAAAUGCAUGGAUUUGAAUUUGGAAGAGCAAGUGGAAUGGCACCUCGUGCUAGGAUUGCUGUCUACAAGGCGCUCUACAGAUUAUUUGGUGGUUUUGUUGCAGAUGUAGUUGCUGCCAUUGAUCAGGCUGUUCAUGAUGGCGUGGACAUUCUGAAUCUCUCAGUGGGGCCAAACAGUCCUCCAGCAACGACAAAGACAACAUUUUUAAACCCUUUUGAUGCUAUGCUUCUUUCAGCAGUGAAAGCUGGAGUUUUUGUUGCACAGGCAUCCGGAAAUGGAGGUCCUUUUCCCAAAACCUUGUUGUCUUAUAGUCCAUGGAUAGCAUCUGUAGGUGCUGCAGUUGAUGAUCGAAGAUACAAGAACCAUCUGACCUUGGGAAAUGGGAAAAUCUUGGCUGGACUUGGUUUGUCACCUGCCACGCAUCAAAAUAGAUCAUUUACCUUGGUAGCAGCUAAUGAUGUGCUGCUGGAUUCCUCGGUUGCAAGGUAUAGUCCUUCUGACUGCCAGAAGCCAGAAGUUUUGAACAAGAACUUGGUGGAGGGGAACAUUCUUCUCUGUGGCUAUUCCUUUAAUUUCGUCAUUGGUACUGCUUCAAUAAAAAAAGUCUCACAAACUGCUAAGAGUCUUGGCGCAAUUGGUUUCGUUCUAGCAGUGGAAAAUGCUUCUCCAGGAACAAAAUUUGAUCCUGUUCCUGUUGGUACUCCUGGAAUCCUCAUCACAGAUGUUAGCAAGUCCAUGGAACUUAUAGACUACUACAACAUCUCUACACCAAGAGAUUGGACUGGGCGAGUGAAGAGCUUCAAGGCAGUGGGAAGCAUCGGGGACGGUCUGAAGCCUAUACUCCAUAAGUCUGCUCCACAAGUAGCUCUGUUCUCUGCUCGAGGACCCAAUAUCAAAGACUACAGCUUUCAAGAUGCAGAUCUCCUCAAACCAGAUAUAUUGGCUCCUGGUUCUCUAAUUUGGGCUGCCUGGGCUCCAAACGGAACAGAUGAGGCAAACUACGUUGGUGAAGGAUUUGCUAUGAUAUCUGGAACCAGCAUGGCUGCGCCACAUAUAGCCGGAAUAGCUGCUCUCGUGAAGCAGAAGCACCCUCACUGGAGUCCUGCAGCUAUCAAGUCUGCCUUGAUGACUACAUCAACUACCCUUGACAGGGCAGAGAGACCACUUCAAGCUCAACAAUAUUCUGGAUCAGAUACUCUGGCUCUGGUCCCUGCAACACCUUUCGACUAUGGGAGUGGCCAUGUCAAUCCUAGAGCCGCUCUAGAUCCGGGACUUGUUUUUGAUGCAGGAUACGAAGACUACUUGGGGUUCUUGUGCACCACACCCGGAAUUGAUGCUCACGAGAUAAGGAACCAUACGAAUUCCCCGUGUAAUUAUACUCUAGGCCAUCCGUCAAAUCUCAACACCCCCUCAAUCGCUAUUUCGCAUCUCGUAGGAACUAAAACAGUCACACGCACUGUGACAAAUGUUGCCCAGGAAGAAACCUAUGUGAUCACUGCAAGAAUGGCACCUGCAGUUGCCAUUGAACCCAGCCCUCCAGCAAUGCCUCUACGGCCCCAUGCAUCGCGGAAAUUCUCCGUGACGCUCACUGUUCGGUCAGUCACUGGAUCCUACAGUUUUGUCAGUUGCCAUUGA